AUGAAACCAGUUAGAAAGCCAGUACCAAGGUUCCCCAAGCAAUCCCCUGAUCAUCCUCCCAUCCAGAAAUCCUCUUCUCACGGUGAAAGCAAAAUUAUAGUUCGUUUAAGAACUAAUAGCGUCGUUACCAAGUCCGACGUUAAGAAAUCCGAAGCAGCCAGCAGUGCCACGACUCCAUCGGAUAAUGUCGUUGGAUCGUCAACAGUCCUGCAGCAGCAGCAGGAGAAGCAGGAGGUUGUUGGUAAAUCGGUGACGAGUAGUCGUGGAAAUAAGGACAUGAAGAUCAAGAAACAAGGUUUUUCGAUUUCGCUAACGAAAGCGGAGAUUGAACUUGAUUUUCUUCAAUUAAGUGGAGUGAAACCUAAGAGAAAACCCCGGAAGAGAGACAAGGAAGUGCAGAGAGCGCUUGAUAGCACGUUUCCUGGUCUUAAGUUGCAAAUCAUUACUUCCAGAGAUUAUAGAUCGAAGCAUAAAUAG